AUGGAGGAAGAUACUCCAGCUAAGAAGCAAUAUUCAACUCUUUAUCAAAAGAUUAGUGGGAGAUGGAAGUGUAUCUUGAAUGGUAACUGGAAGUGGCCUUGUGGGAGGAGGUGGUCUAAAGAUGUCAGAGACUUGAUGCAAGCAACCCCUGAUCCUUUUAAACCUUUUCCAGAUAUGCAAGAUCAAACAAUCUUGUCCACAAGCUCCACGAACACAUUAUCUGUUAAGUCUGCUAUGAAGAUUCUCAGAGCUUGGAGACUGAAAGCAUAUUGGUAUAAACUUGUAUGGGGCAAAAACUAUGUUCCUAGAUUUGCCUUUAUACCAUGUCUAGCUUGUAGAAGAAGGCUAAACACUAUGAACAGAAUCAUGGUAUGGGGGUUACAGGUUUCAACCACUCUUCUUAAUGUAAUGUGUCAAGAAGAAAAUGAAACUUUUGACCAUUUACUUUUGGCUAUAGAGUCUCUCAGUCUGUAUGGCAGAAGGUCCAAAACAUGA